UAAAACAUUUAUAGGUGGAGCUAAGGACACCACUUUAAAAACCUGAGUCUCCACACUUGCCUAACACUUGGGUUCCAGCGUUCUGCUCCUGCCAAGAAGCAACCAGCCACAAUGAUGCCUGGCGGACUGAGCGAGGCCAGACCUGCUACUCGUGAAAUCCAGGAGAUGGCAGAUAAGGUUAAACCACAGCUUGAAGAAAAAACAAAUGAGUCUUACGAAGAAUUCAUAGCCAUACUGUAUAAAAGUCAAGUGGUUGCUGGAAUAAAUUACUUCAUUAAGAUUCAGAUAGGUGGCCAGGUCUGUGUUCAUAUAAAAGUGUUCAAACCUCUUCCUGGACAAAAUGAAGAUGCUCUGCAGCUUUCUGGUUACCAGACUGGCAAAAGCAAGGACGAUGAUCUGACUUACUUUUAGAGACUUGUUCCAAAGUGGUCUGAUUCUCUGCACUGGGCACAGAUGAAUGAUCCUUGUUAGUGAAUGUGACCAUCAAUAAAGAGACAUUCCUUUGCAAAUGAA